CCCCACCAACAAUCAACUGUCCCGCAAGCUCUGCGAGCAAACAGGUCAGCAAGUAAGAAUCGAUAAACGAGACCAGAAUGCCAGCACUUGCAUCCCUCCUGAAAUUCACCGGGGUUUUUUCCCUAGGAAUCCUCUCGGGCGUCCACCUAAAUUUCUCCACUGCAACCCUUGACGCAAUCCUCUCCCUCCCUUCCGCUAGCACUGCGCAACGCGCCUUCUCCAUCUCUCUGGGAAAACAAAGACAAGUUGUUCGGCCAUUAGAGAUCGCCGCAACAGCCUCGCUCUUCACGGCCUUCCUCUUCGGCGGGCGCAGGGGACGACACGGAUACCUCAUUUUUACGGGAUUGAUGCCCGUUCUUGGCGUCGCGCUAGAGAAGAGUCGCAUGGUGGGCGUGGAGGUUGGCGUCGUUAAUGUGCAGACUCGGAAGAAGAGAGGCGGUGAAAGUGUGGAUGUUAAUGGAGAAGUGGUGAAGGGUGGGAUGGAGGCUUGGAGGGUUUGGGGCCUUGUCAGGGGGGGUUUGGUAGCUUUUGGGUUUGCCAUGGGGGUUGUGGGGAUUUGGGGGGAUGGGGCUUAGGUUUAUAUUAUAGUAUUCUUAUGGGGGUUGGUUGGCUGGUUGGAGGAAUCGGUUGGGUGGAGGGUGGGAGUGGGGGUGUAUCAUAUGAUUGGGGAUUCUCUGCUCAGCUUUUUUCCCUGUUUCUUAAGGAGGGUUUGGAGCGUACAUAAGGCUUUUUCUUUGUCUGACAGUUAUCCUUUUCGCGCGUUGAUAGGGUCGGAGGUGAGGAUAUUCGGGGGUUUGGUAUCGUACACACAAUUGCGCUUUCGAAGUUGGGGGUUGGGG